AUGGUUUCAUUUGUCGAACCUAUGGCUUUAAAUAUCACAGGAAAAAGUUUGUUAAUUAAUAAAGUUUUACUCAUUAUUACAAUCAUUGAAAAUUUAGGUGGAUCACAAUGUUGUGGAACAUGUUUUAUAUACGGUUGUCCAGCUGGUCAAUGUUGUUCACAAUAUGGAUAUUGUGGUGCAACACCUGAACAUUGUCAAGGAGGAAUAACACAAGGUGAUUGUCAAACAAGAGGAUGUCCUAAUGGAUUAUGUUGUUCGAAAUUUGGUUUUUGUGGAAAUACACGUGAACAUUGUGAUAAUACACCAUUAACUAAUGGAAACUGUAAAACUCAAGGUUGUCCACCAGGACAAUGUUGUAGUGCUCAUGGAUUUUGUGGAACGACACCUGAGCAUUGUCGUAAUGUUGAUCCAACAAUUGGUCAAGGAAAUUGUCAUCAAACAGGAUGUCCACCUGGUCUUUGCUGUUCAAGAUUUGGAUUUUGCGGUCGAACACCAGAGCAUUGUUUCGGAACACCAUUAACGUAUGUACCAGGAUGUCCAGGUUGUACUAAUAGUGGAACAAAUCCUGGUGGUUCAGUAGGAUGUCCAGGUUGUACCAACAGCGGAACAAAUUCUGGUGGUUCAGUAGGAUGUCCAGGUUGUACUAACAGCGGAACAAAUUCUGGUGGUUCAGUAGGAUGUCCAAGUUGUACUAACAGCGAAACAAAUCCUGGUGGUUCAGUAGGAUGUCCAGGUUGUAGUAACAGCGGAACAAAUCCUGGUGGUUCAAUAGGAUGCCCAAGUUGCAUUAGUGGUGGAACUACUAAUUGUGGUCAGGGUGGAUGUGCUGGCAAAAAAUAA